AUGGAGGACACAACUCAGCUGACCACUCUUCAGAAUGCCAACAGGAGUUUCUGCAUCGACUAUGAUUAUCACUAUAAUGAAGAAGAACUUGCCUUUGUACAAACUUGGGGGAGAAGGCUGCACAUCUUCUUCAUGGCCAUCAAUUGUGUGACCUUCGUGCUGGGCGUCACUGGGAACGGGCUGGUCAUUUUCAUCACCGGCUUCCAUAUGAAGAAGACGGUCAACACCAUCUGGUUCCUCAACUUGGCCAUCGCCGACUUCACCUUCUCCCUCUUCCUGCCGCUGACCAUUGUCUCCCAGGCCCACGGCUAUCACUGGCUUUUUGGGGAGGCCCUGUGCAAAUUCAAUAGCAUACAGAUCUCCGUCAACCUCUACGCCAGCAUCAACUUCCUCAUGGUCAUCAGCAUAGAUCGCGGCAUUUCCGUGAUAUUCCCUGUAUGGGCAAGAAAUCACCGGAGCCCCCGCCUGGCUUCCUUUGGGGCUUUGGGGGUUUGGAUCUGGGCCAUGGUGUUGAGUUCGCCACACAUCCAAUUCAUAAAGAUGGUGGAAAAUGGGGACGCGAUCUACUGCUGCCUGAAAUUCAGCCACGAUAAGGACCAGGCAAAACUCAUCCAGCGUGCUCUGGCUAUCAGUCGCUUCAUCUUUGCCUUCAUGAUCCCUUUUCUAGUCAUUAUUGUUUGCUACGGGGCUAUUGUUUUGAGGCUGAGGAGGGACCGCUUGGCCUCCUCCAGCAAGCCCUUCAAGGUCAUCACGGCCGUGAUCCUGGCCUUUUUCAUCUGCUGGUUCCCCGCUCAUGUUUUCGCUUUCUUGUUGAAUCAAGCUUACGAGGAUCACAGCCUGCACCUGUCCCUCAUUAUUGGUGAUCCUCUGGUGUCCAGUCUGGCCUUCAUUAACAGUUGCCUCAACCCCAUCCUGUAUUUCUUCAUGGGGUACAAUUUCAAGGAAAGGCUGAAACAGUCCAUCCUCUCGAUAAUUGAGAAUGCCUUUGCCGAGGACGUCAGCCAGAUUCCGACUCAAAAAAAGACCAGAUCCUCAGCGGAGAUGGACUCCUCUGACUUAUGA